AUGAGUACUCUUAAUGGUACUGCUCCUGAGACCAAACGUUUGGCGAGUAAGAUUGUCACGCCAACAGCUGACGAAGAAAUAAUGAGGAGUUAUGUAAAAACAAGGAGUAAGGGGGUUACUAAAUCAUUAUGUUUCUCACAUGAUGAUGACCAGGAUCUAGAUGGAGAGGAGCAAAUGAUUGGAGCUCUUAAUGAUAUGGACAAUAUGGAUAAUCAGGGUGAUGGCAUGAUGGAGUUGGAGCAGAACGAGGAUAUGCUUAAUGAAGAUGAUCUCCUAAGGGAGGAGCUAAGGGAGGCUGAGGAAUUUACUAACGGUUCACAACCGGAACAUAAUGUGAACAGGGAAGUACAGGCAGGAAGCACAUCUGGUCGCGGGGUUCUCCAAGUAAACGAUCAAAGUCCAGCUCCAGGGAAGUUAGAGGGUCGAGGAAGCGCCCUAGGCAAGGGCCAUUAA